AUGGAUAGAGUUUUACGUGAAAGAAGGCAGCGAGAUGACCUAGAAAUGGAUUUUGAUUUGGAAAGCGAAGCGGGCGAAUCUCCGUGCAAUAGUGACGAUGAUUUUGCAUUAUCAGACGAGGAGAAUGAUGAAAGUCCAAAAGCAUUAGCAGCUGCUAAUAUAGUUGAUGUUUCGUCUGCAUUUCACAUGUUCCUUGGACCGGUUGAGAAUAUUAUUUUGAACAUGACGAAUUUAUAUGGUGUGCGAAAGUACAAAGACGAAUGGGAAAACAUUGAUUUGGACACUCUGCACGCAUACUUUGGAUUGUUGCUGCUUUCUGGUGUGUAUCGGUCAUACGGUGAAUGUGUCACUAAACUGUGGAAUGAAGAAACUGGUCGGCCAAUAUUUAGAGCAACAAUGUCUUUGAAAAUGUUCAAGCGUAUCCAUGGUUGCAUUCGAUUUGAUGACCGCGAACAACGUAUGGCCAACACUGCAUCUACAAGUACUUCUGUUCGUGACAAAUUGGCACCGAUUCGAAAUGUAUACGAUAAAUGGAAUCAUAAUUUGAAAGCUGUAUACACACCAGGAAAAAACAUUACCGUAGAUGAACAGUUAGUUCCGUAUCGUGGGCGAUGUCCGUUUCGUCAGUAUAUUCCAUCCAAGCCGGCGAAAUAUGGCAUCAAAAUUUGGGUGCUAUGCGACUCAAAAAGCUGGUAUGCAUACAACACACAAAUUUAUGUUGGUCGGAAUCGUAAUGCCACUCCUGAACGCAAUCUCGGACGGCGUGUUGUUUUGGAUUUGGUGGAAGGACUUUCUGACAGAAAUGGGAACGUGUGA